AUGUUUGAAGCCUCCAGAGUGUGGUUAAUUACAGGUUCUACUUCAGGAUUUGGAUUUCGCCUUGUGAUCCUUGCCCUUGCGUGUGGCGAUCGCGUAAUCGCCACUGCUCGAUCUUUGGAUAAACUUGAAAACCUUGUUUCCAGCUGUAAACCCGAUGUCCGGGAAAACUUGCGAACCGUACAACUAGAUGUCACAGAGGGCGUAAAAGCAAUCACGGACAAGGUAAACAAAGCAGCUGCCAUCUGGGGUCGCAUCGACGUUGUGGUCAACAACGCAGGGAACGGCUUGCCUGGCAUCGUAGAAGAAGCGGGGUCCUCCCUGCUUCGUCGCCAGUUUGAUACAAACUUCUUCGGCAUGAUGGACGUGACUUCAGCCACUCUUCCACACCUUCGUGCGAGCCCAUCGGCAUGUCUAGUGAUUAUUGGAAGUAGAUCUGCUUGGAAGACCGAAAUUAUUGUUUGACCUUAUGCGGCAUCAAAGGCGGCUGUACACGCUCUUACUGAAACUUUAACGCUCGAACUGGCACCAUUCAAUAUUCGGGUUUUAUUGGUCGAGCCUGGCGCUUUUAUGACGGAAGGUAUCUAUGGACAACCAUUUUUUACAUCCAAUCCUAUACCAGCGUACGACGACAUGAGGGCAGCCAGUAAAGCUCGGUUUGCAUCUGUGGCAGGGACCGAAAAAGGGGAUCCAAACAAAGCUAUGCAAGUCGUGGUGGACGUGGUGAGGGGGGAAGGAGUAGCCAAGGGGAGACCGUGGCCUGGAUAUCUCGUUCUCGGUGAAGAUGCGGAGAACGAUGUGAGGACUAAGUGUUCCAAGGUGCUGAAAGUCCUCGAUGAAUGGGUCGAUGUUGCGAGGGGCGUCAACUUUGAUAACCUUUCGGUUAAUCACUAA